AUGGGAAGGGGAGGUGUGGAGAGGAUGUGGGGAAAUAUGGCAUUCCAGGCCCAACUGCAAAGUGUUCUCGUGCCACAGCCUAAUGGUAAUGUGGAGUUUUCCUGGAUCAAUGCUCGAUACAACGGCAAGAGUAUCCUUGCAGAGGUUCAUGCUCUUGAGGGCAAUACUUGCGUCUUCGAAGCUUUCUGUUCUGGAGCUGCAAUGGCUGUUCAGAAGGACGCAGCCUCAAAUCACAAGACUAGUGACAUCAGAUUCAAUGUAAGAUCUUUGGUCAUGGACUACGAAAGUCACACCAGCCGCACGCUCGCAAAAGAGUCCAACAGCCAGCUCCCCUCAGACUUGCGUGAAAAGACAGUGAUCCAACUGUUCCAGAAAAAUGGUGUCUUGGCAAGCUCUGCCAGCUGGGAAGGAGAGCAGAGAAUUAAGCUCACUCGCUAUCUGCAUUCAAGGUUGCCACAGUUUGACAAAAUAGCUGACUUUAUAAGGGUCGAGGCAUCACAUUUUGUCCUGUUCGUCGGGUAUGGAUUUGAAGGGGGUUCAAGUGGAAAGCCAUAUCUGAUCUUUCUAAACAGUCAUGGGGUAGAAUUUGGAGACAAUGGAUUUGGCCGCAUCUAUUUUGAUGUCAUUUAUAGAAACAGUUUCUAUGUCCUCACAGCUGUAGCGCCACCAGUGGUACCAAAAGAGUGUGGCACUUCUACCUCAGCUGCAAAAUUUCCUGAUGAAGAUCCUGAUGAUCGCCCAACGCAACGACGGCGACUCAACACUGGAAGAGAUAACUAG